AUGUCUCUGGAAGCCGAAGAGGAAACAACACAGCUCCAGAGACAGUGGACAACACGAGGCAGCAUGAGGGAGAAGCUGGCAAUACUGCUGGUGGUUGUGGGGGUAACAUGGGCGUCUGGGGAAGAGCCUGAGACUGACCGGCUUCCCCGCCAGACCUCAGGCUAUGUUAUUUCUCAACCCUUUGGCAAGUUGAUUCUUGGCUCAGGUGCGGGAUUACUUGGCAGCCAUGUACGACUAGGAGGACACGUUGGAGGCCAUGGAGGACACGGUGGCGGCCAUGGUGGCGGCCAUGGAGAACUAGGUGGCGGCCAUGGAGGACACGGUGGCGGCCAUGGAGAACUAGGUGGCGGCCAUGGAGGAGGACAAGGUGGCGGGCAUGGAGGAGGACAAGGUGGCGGGCAUGGAGGAGGACAAGGUGGCGGGCAUGGAGGAGGACAAGGUGGCGGCCAUGGAGGAGGACAAGGUGGCGGGCAUGGAGGAGGACAAGGUGGAGGAGGACAAGGUGGCGGCAUGGAGGAGGACAAGGUGGCGGGCAUGGAGGAGGACAAGGUGGCGGGCAUGGAGGAGGACAAGGUGGCGGGCAUGGAGGAGGACAAGGUGGCGGGCAUGGAGGAGGACAUGGCGGCGGUGGCUCUGGAGGCGGCGGCGGCGGUGGUCAAUCACCUCUCUCGGUAA